UUUUGUCUGUCGCUGUCGGUAGAAUAACAAUGACACAAAGUGAAGCGGAUGGUUAACGUUAAAUGCGAUAUAAAAGUGAAAAAUAAAAUCCAGCAAGUGGCCUGGCAAAAAAAAAAUAAUACAGACGAGAAAGGAAUUUAUUGCUCUUUCUCUUUUUUCCCGUGGUAUUUGUUGUUGUCGGUGGGGUACAAGGUAAAAUUGUCUCGCCUCCUCGGUAAGGGAAAAAAAAUAAAAUAAGAAAAACAACUCUCAAAGAGGUCGUGUGCUCAGCCAACGUCUCUGCCAACGGAGCAGUUGACAUCGUAAACUCCACACUCUAAAAUGAGAGAGGUUAAUGCGUGUGGUUGUUGUUGUUUUCGUGCACGGCAUCAUUGCGUGUUGCGUUGACGUUCGGCACCCAUCAUCGUUGUUGUCGUCGUCGUCGCCGUUGCGUGUGUGUCGCUGCCUUCUUAAUGUGUUGUGCGUGAGUGCGUGCCUAAGAAAACGAAGAAGAAAAUCGAAAUGCAUGCCAAGAUGAUAUUGUUGUUGUUCUUGUGUGUUUUGUUUCAAAUAACCAACGGCAACGAAAGUGUUAUGGCCUGAGCCAGUGUGUGUGCGUGUUUUUAUGGGUGAGAAAAUAAAAAACAAAAGUGAAAUGAGAACAGCACCCACCGUGCCGACCGAACGACCAACCGGCAACCACAAUAAUAACAACAGCAACAACAGAUAAUUGUGAAAAACGGUAAAAGUUAAGUGUUGUUUACAAAAUAAAAUACCCAUUGUCAAAGUGUGUGCCUGCCUUAUUUUCUCAUUGGUGGUCAAAUGAGAAGAGAAAAAAGUAAAAAAAAACAAAAAUCAAAUAAAAACCAAAGCGAAAAUCAACAUCAGCGGCCGCAUUAUUCGUUCCACAAAGAAAAACAAACAAGAUUGUGUGUGUGCGUGCGUUCAAGUACAUGAAAACAAGCUAAAAUACCUUCACCGAAUUCUCGGCUUGUUUUUUUUGUGUAAAUUUUCAAUUUUUCUGGGGAAGGCCACAGAGCGCCAAAGCAGUCGGCGGCGCUGUCAGACAUCAACAACGGGAGCCUCGCUAAAAACAAACCAGUUAAGCAAAACUCUCCACGACAGAAAUCAACAGAAAAAACAAGUUAAUGUGAGUUUUGUGCGGCCGGCGAGCGUUGUAACCAAAUCACAACAACAACAAUUAAGCAAGAAAAAUAAUAACAACAACAACAAAAUUGCCACUCAGAUUUGCUGAGCAGACAGCAGUGCAAUUAACCGGAAAUAACAAACAAAUGAUGUGUUAUAACAACGAAAACAACAACAACGACGACGACGGCUACAGCCACAACGUAAAUAAAUAAUGCCAACAAAGUGAAAUGAAAAUGUCAAUGACGUUUGACGUCGUCGCCGUUCAACAACAACAGCUAUGACUACAUCACCAUCAUCCGUCGCAAACAUUUCUACAUUUGGAUAAAAAAAGCAUUAAAUGUGUGAGAGAGAGUGCAAAAAAAUACUACUACCGAGUAGAGAGAGAGUGAGUGAGUGUGCGAGAGUAACCCGCCUUAUUCCCAGAGCAGAGUGUUGUUUAUCUCGGCCGUCGUCGUGUGUUGGGCUGUGUGGUUGGUUGGUUGUUCGGUGUAUGCUAAAUAGUAUUGGCAGCCCCGAACACAAGUAGUAGAAGUAGUAGUAGUCACCAGAAGUGGCAGCCGCCGCCGUAACAGUCAGUCGUCGGUCGUAGUGAGCAAUCACAAAGAAAUUCAUCAAUUCUAUGAAUGGAUGUGGUUGGUUUGGCUGACUGGAUGGCUAUGUGGAGAUAUGUUCUCCUCUCUCGCUCCCCCCCAUCCAUCAACCACACACCAGAAAUGCGAAAAAAAAUAAUAAAACCGAAAAAAAUAAUAAUAAUAACAACAUAGCAGCUAUUAUCUUGAAGAACAAACGACAAGAGAGACGAAGAAAAUAAAAAAAAUACCUUUGCUUAAUUUAACUAAAAUAAAAAUAAAUUAAAAAAAAUACAGAAGAAGAAAAAAAUAAAAAUACGCAGUUUAUGAAUAACGAUGUGAGUGAAGAAGAAGAAGAAGAAAAACAAAAUAAAAAAUCCAAAAAGAAGUAGGAAUAAAAAUGUGAAGUAAAAAAAUAUAACAGCAGCAACAACAACAAAAUGUGCAAACAACAUCACAACAAAAAUAAUAAAUAAUAAUAAUUCCAACAACAACAAAACCAGCAAAACAAGCGGCAACAACCACAACAACAACAACAACCAGAAAAAAGUGAAUGAAAAUCAAGUCAACGCCACAGCAAGGCAGCCAGAGAGUGAGCGACGAAAGUGAAGUGGUAAAGUGUGAGAAAAUAAACAGUGUAAUAUAAGAAUAAACCAAGAAGAAGCAUAAAAAGAAGAAGAAGCAGCAGCAGCCAGACAGGCCUUGCCUGCCUGCCUGUCUCAUCGCCACCAUCAACAUCAUCAUCCUCAGCCUCAGAGUUGUCGUCAACAACAAAAACAACAACAAUUGAAAUUAUUUUACUCACAACUGCUGCAGACGUACGAACGUGCAGGAAAACUGCAACAACAACGAGGAGCAGUUGCAAAAAUUGCUCGAGAUAUUUACAUCAUUCAAAAGCGUCAGCAGCUGCUGCUGUAGACGGAACGACAACCAUUUUACGUCGCCAUUGAAAGGAAAAACACACCACAGGCAUAUGAGGUGUGACGUGCGACGUAUGACGACGACGCCAACACACCAUUGCUGUCAUCAGCACCAGCACCUGAAUAAUAACUUCCGAAAGUCAACAAAUUUCGCUUAGAUUUUUUUACUAUUAGGGAAAUAUUUGCCAAAACCUAAAACAACAAAAAAAAACGAAAAUCCUACAACCAUAGCUGAAGAGUGGAGCUAAGAAAAAAUGACCAUCAUUACUACUGAUCCGCAGUACAACAAAAGAGAUGCUAGAGAUAUUUUAACCAAUCACAAUUUAAUGGCCAAGAAACGGAAAAUGUAUUUAUUUCGACGUGGCGGUGGCGGUGGAGGAUCACCGGAAGUGGUAAAAGAUGAGAAUGCCGUGGCGUCGGCAAAUUGUACAACAAUAAGAAAUACAACAGGAACAAUAACAUCACAACAACAACAACAAUUAACAACAAUAACAACAACAAGAACGGCAUCAACAUUCACAGCAAUGACAACAACAACAACAACAACAGCCACAACACUAAACGAAACGUUUCCAUCCAAUUUGUUUUCCAAUAACAACACCACAAAUUGUCUGAGGGGUUCUUUUGACCACCAAAGCAGGGCAGAAGGCAGAGUGGGAGAAGCAGAGCAAGUAUUGCAGUGUCGGCAAAAUCAUCAACAGCAUCAUCACCAUCACCACAAACAUCAUCACCAGAAACCACAUCAGCAGCAGCAGCAGCAGCAACACCACUGUUCCUUCUCGAAAGAGGUUUAUGCCAGAGAACCACAUCCCAAAGCAUUAUGCCAAGACUUGAGAAAGUCUGCAACGCUCAAUUUUUUAACAUCGAAUCAGCAGCAACAACAACACCAACAAUUAUUUCCUGGCGAGGAGUAUCAUCAUCACCAGCAACAUCAUCACCAACACCAGCACCUAACAAGUUGCUCAUCAUGUACAAAACCGAACUGCCAAUGUAAUCGACAUUGUUGUUGUGCCACAACAGCAACAACAACAACAACAACAAGUGCAACAAUUGGAAAACAAAGACCAUGGUGUCCGUCCAUGAAUUCCUAUUAUCCAUUAAGAUGCAACAUCAAGAGCUUUUGUGCGAGUACCUCUGCAGAUGUUCCACAUAGUCAAGUGUCAAUAAUCCGCAGCAAGGAAGAAGCUCAAACAACUCCAAAACAAGCGGAACUGGAACACUCCUCCCACAAAUCAAUGAACUCAACAACUCCCCUAAUGUACUCCAACCCCGACACCAAUACCUGCAUGAACAACAACAACGAGAGAAUAAUUGAAUCAAACAACCCAAAUCCUUCCAACAUUAGGUGCUGUAGUAGCUGUCACUGCUUCCAUAACCUCAACACUUCCAGACAACCCCGAUUGGAGGCCAAAUUGCAAGAGGAACUGCGAAAUGCAGAAGAUGGCAGCAAAUUGAUGGAAAUGAAUUUAAAGUCUUCUGCGCCAGGAACCUGUAAUGAUGCCUGCUCUUCCUCCACCUCUACCUCCAACUCCAAUAUCCAGGAGCCAUCUCAAUGCCAAAGGUGUUUUGGCCGAGAACUUCAAUAUUUGUCACAAAAAAUGGAAAUAUUUUUUAUGAUAAUACAACUACUAUUGGCCCUAGUUCCAUCCAUAACGACAACGUGGAAGAGGUGGAGAAGCAGGAGCAGAACAGAUCCCCAAUUUAGCAACAAAACACAAUGUCAUGUUCCUUUGAAUACCGCAAUUGGCUACUUUGAACAAAAUAACAGAAUUUCGAAAAGCAGGUCUACAAGGCUUAUAAAAACAACAACAACAUCUAUGGCUAGAACGCUUUUCAUGAGCCUCUCACUGCUCUCCCUUUUUUUCCUGUCGGCGACAUCAGCAUCACAGAUCAUCCCCACCACAUCAACGCCCACGGAAACUGCAUUGGAAACAUCAAUCAAAUCUUUUGUAAGAUCCACGGAAAGAACUAUCAGUGCAGAACCACCACGAAGUGAAGUAUGGCUGGGACGUAAUGAGACGGUUUGCAAAUCUCUCGACAUACGCAACAGCCCCGCACAGCUGCGACAGUUGGCCAAUUGUACCGUCAUCGAGGGUUUCCUCCUAAUAACUUUGAUAAAUACUCGCAACUAUUUACCCUUUAACGAAACAUUCCCCAUGCUGGUCGAGGUCACCGACUUUAUCAUUAUCUAUCAGGUUGGCUAUUUGCGUUCGCUAAGUCAAAUCUUCCCAAAUCUAAGCAUAAUACGGGGACGCACCAAUUUCGAGGGCUAUGCCCUGUUUAUUAGUUCCAAUUCACAUCUGGAAGAUUUGGGUCUGUCCAAGUUGACAAUGAUCGGUUCGGGUGUACGCAUCGAAAAGAAUAAAAUGUUGUGUUUUGUUCACACCAUUGAUUGGAGUCAGAUUGUGGUGUCGAACACAACGGAAGUGUAUAUUGGCGCAAAUCGUGAUCCCAUCGAAUGUCCAUCGUGCCCCGGUGAUCUAGAUAAUUCACCAAAUAAUCCGGGUUGCAGGCUACACCAUGGUCGUCGCAAUUGUUGGGAUGUCAAACAGUGUCAGAAGAUUUGUCCCCAGCGAUGUCGUCACAAUUGCUAUGAUGAGAACACCUGCUGCCAUGAGAAAUGUCUAGGCGGUUGUUCGCCCGACAAUAUCAAUGAAUGUUUGGUUUGUCGAAAAUAUUCCUACAACAUGACCACCUGUGUCGAUUCCUGUCCCGAGGGAAUGUUAUACUUUAUGGAUCGUCGUUGUAUGUUCGAAGAUGAAUGUAUACGGAUCGGAUCAAUCUAUGAAGAUAGCAAAGCCACACCGUUAAUACCAUUCCAGGGGAAUUGUACGGUUAAAUGUCCGGAGAAUUAUGUCAAAGAAAACAUGACUUGCGUGCCAUGCAUUGGGGAGUGUAUUAAAAAGUGUCAAGGUACAAUUAUCGAUGGAGCCAGUCGGGCCAAGGAGUACAACGGCUGCAAUUAUAUCGAGGGAAGUUUGAUUAUUACCAUCAAGAGAGCAAGUCAAAUAAAUGCCGAUUUAAUCUAUGGUCUAUCAUCCAUACGCACCAUAAGUGGUUCAUUGACAAUUCAGGGUACCGUCGGUUUGUUGAAUUUGAAAUUUUUACAAAAUCUUAAAACUAUCAAGGGCGAGAAUUUAUUUGACAAAAAAUAUGCAUUAUAUGUUUUGGAUAACAACGAUCUGGAAUACCUGUGGGACAAGGAACAAAAUGUCACCAUAGAAAAUGGCAAAGUUUACUUCCAUUUCAAUCCCAAACUUUGUGUGUCGACAAUCAAGGAUUUGCUCUUGCCCACGUUGAAUCAAAAGGAUUUCGAUGUUACCGAGGUGGCGUUGGAUUCGAAUGGUCUUAGAGGCUCAUGUAACAGCACCACCUUGGAGGUGAAAACGCUUCGGGUAAAAUCCCUCAUUGCCAUAGUGAAAAUUCUAAAUCCCCUUAAAUACGAUGAUGAUCGGGCCUUUAUUGGUUAUCAGUUUUUAAUUACGGAAGAUCCAUAUGGCAAUGCCACGAAAUAUACCUACAGACCAUGUGAUGAUGACUGGUACGUAAGUCCGCCCACCAAAGAAAUCAAAUAUGUGUUCACCGAACUGAAGCCUUACACCCAAUAUGCCUACUAUGUCAAAACAAUGACAAUAUCAACGGAACGUCGUAGCGGUCAAAGUGAUAUACAACAUUUCACCACACAAUCAUCGACGCCAUCGAGAAUAGUUGAUUUUCGACUUUAUGCCAAUUCGAGUUCUGUUAUUAUAUUGAAAUGGUCACCGCCAGCAUCACCAAAUGGCAAAAUUGUCCAAUACCGAUUACGUGCCACAUAUGAGACGUCGGUCACGCAAUUGGAAACGCGUAACUAUUGCAAAGAUCCUCUAAAGAUUGCCGGAACCGAAGACAUCAUUCCAAAGACAACGAUAACGGAAAAGCCUAAAACUCCAGCCGAUUGUAAAUGUCCCAAGGGUGGCCAAAAGGGUCCAGUUGUUACAGACGAAAGUGAAAUACACGCUGAUAUAGAACUUGAAAAUGCCCUGCAGAAUUUCAUUUACGUUAAAAAAACCGAAAAAGCCAAGUCUCUUAGUAGCAUUGGCAACAACAAUAUCAGCUCUCCCGAUGACAAGGGCAACAAGUCCGAGGCAAUUGGUCGCAGUCGUCGUGAAGUACUGGAAACUUUAGAGUCCGGCGAUAGUUUUAUGUUACGACACAUACGUGAUGUUGCCACACCCGUCUUUGCAGCCAAAGAUGCCAAUGAGACGCAGGUCCAGACCCGAAUGGAUCCCACCGGCCAAUAUUAUGAGGUUUUUGUUGAGUCUGUGAAUGCAACAACGUUUGAGUUUGCCUUUACAAAGCUGAAACAUUUCUCCUAUUACAAAGUGGAGAUCGAGGCAUGUCGUGAACCGGAAGAGGGCAAUGAACAGGCAAAUUGCAGUGACACCUCGAUGGGCAGUAAAAGGACGCUUAAAUUGGCCAAUGUUGAUCGUGUGGACAGUUUAUGGUGUCGCACCGAGACCACAAACUCCUCUCGCACCAAUAUCCGUCUGUUUUGGAAACAACCUAAGCGGCCAAACGGUGCUGUGGUAUCCUAUACCAUUUACUAUGUACUUAAGACGCGCGAUGAGUAUGAGGAAAAGAAAUGUGUUACCCAAGUGGAUUUCCUCAAGUAUGACUAUGAACACAAUGGUUAUGUGCUGAGUGAGCUGAAUAGCGGGAACUAUAGUAUACGUAUCAAGACGAAUUCGCUGGCUGGUGAGGGUUUGGACUCAGAGACAAUCUAUAUUUUUAUACCUGCCAACACCUUGGCGCCAAGUUUCAUAGCCGGCAUAGUCAUAGGAUGUAUUGCCAUCAUUGGCAUAAUAACCACAAUUGUCUAUUUGCUGUUGCGCAAACGCAUUCUCACACCGCCAUCCGAUUUGAAAAUGUUCCCCUCCAUGAAUCCGCACUACAUUAGCCUACAAUACAUACCCGAUGAAUGGGAAGUGGCCCGGGAAAAUGUCAUCCAACUAAGUCCCCUGGGCCAGGGUUCAUUUGGCAUGGUCUACGAGGGCAUCCUGAAGAGCAGUGAAGAUGAUACGCCGUGUGCCAUUAAAACCGUAAAUGAAAAUGCCACCGAUCGUGAACGUAUCAAUUUCCUAAAUGAGGCCUGUGUCAUGAAACAAUUCGAUACGUAUCAUGUGGUACGUUUGCUAGGCGUUUGCUCCCGCGGUCAACCGGCCCUUGUCAUAAUGGAACUGAUGAAAAAUGGUGAUUUGAAGACAUAUUUACGUGCCCAUCGUCCCGAUGAUCGUGAUGAAGUUGCGGCCAUGAAUUUAAUGAAUCGUGGCGGUAUGUCGUCGCAGCCGCCGCCCUUGAGUCGCAUUUAUCAAAUGGCCAUUGAAAUUGCCGAUGGCAUGGCCUAUUUGGCAGCCAAGAAAUUUGUGCAUCGUGAUUUGGCGGCACGCAACUGUAUGGUUGCCUCGGAUUUGACGGUGAAAAUUGGUGAUUUUGGCAUGACACGAGAUAUCUAUGAGAAUGAUUACUAUCGCAAGGGAACCAAGGGUCUAUUGCCGGUACGCUGGAUGUCACCGGAAAGUUUGAGAGAUGGUGUCUAUUCCAGUUCCAGCGAUGUCUUCAGUUACGGUGUUGUAUUGUGGGAAAUGGCCACAUUGGCUUCGCAGCCAUAUCAGGGCUUUUCAAAUGAUCAAGUCUUGCGUUAUGUUAUCGAUGGCGGCGUCAUGGAGCGACCAGAAAAUUGUCCAGACAAAUUGUAUACAUUAAUGCAAAAAUGUUGGCAGCAUCGGGCGACGGCUCGGCCAACAUUUAUUGAAAUCAUACGGUAUUUAUACGAUUUGGCUGAUCCACAUUUUCGAGAGGUAUCCUUCUAUAACUCGCCGGAGGGUCAGACAAUAUUGAAAAAUGAAUUGGCAGAACGUAAUCAAAGAUCUGGCGAUAUUUUCGAUGACCAAGACAAUGACAUGGAAGAUGUCACAACGCCAUUACGGCUGGAGGAUUAUAGCAAUUACAAAUUAAAUGCCGACAACAACUCCUCAAUCGAUCAUCGUGGCGAUUCAUCCAUGGUCAUCGAUGAUGAUGCGCCCCACUCUCCGUACAGCAUUAAUUCACCAAUGGUAAUUAGCAGUACACCCGAUGAACAAUCGCGUGGUAGUUACAAUGUAUCCGGUAUUUUACAUCCCAAUCGUCAUUUAUUGAAUUCGGCACCAUCCACGUCGGCGGGCAUACGGAAACUUGGUGCGAGUACGACUAGUCAUCAGUUAACACAUCCUCACACCCAUCCACAUCAUCGUAAUCUCUAUCAACCGACACGAUUUUCACAACAGCAGCAGCACUCGAGAACUCAUCGGGAUUCGGAGGAGGCCGAUGCCUAUGUCCAGCCUGAUUUUGAUCCAGCGACACAUGAGGCGCAGAAACGAAACGAUUCCGAGGAGCAGGGUUAUGAAAUGUAUGAUCCAAGUCCAAAUUAUAGUGAACAUGUGCCACAUGGUGGUGAGGCGGCUGCAAUUGAUGAUGAUGAUGAGGAUGAUUUUGGCAUAAACUCAACGGCGGGUCAAAAUCUAUUGCAACGUCCCAAGGGAAAACAGAGGCAACCCACAAUAAUGCCUUUGUCUACGUCGAUGCCCGACGAUGUAAUUGCCCAACAGGUGCCAUCAUCGUUACAUCCCUCAACUGCCUCGGCAGCGUCCUCGAAUGCUUCAACGAAGAACACAGCCACCGGCGAUGGCGGAGGAGGCAGUGGUGGUGGUGGUGGUGGCGGUAAGCCCAAGGGGCUAUGGGCCGUGGCUGAUUCGGCACGCAAUCGUGUCAUAAACAUGAACAAGCGUAUCUUUCACAAACGUUCCGGUAGCAAUGCCAGCCACAAAAGUACAAAUUCCAAUCCCACAACGGGUGGUGCGGGUGGUAGUAUUAGUAAUUUGGCUCGCACGGGUCGUGGCAAGAGUAUGAGCGGCCAAAAUCUGGGCACCAUUGAGAGUGGUGGCAGCGGCAGCACCGGUAGCUAUACAGGGCAUCCGCGUUUCUUCUCCACCUCGUCGGGUACCAGUGACAAUCCCAACUAUCGACGUUUGGACGAUAGUAUGGGUGACACAAGCCUCAUUGGCAAUGAGACAAGUCGCAUACGACCGCGCCUACACUCGGCUUCGGCAUUUAUGAUGGGCUCCUCGCAACCUAACUAUAAAAUGUUGGAUGAAUCCCUAAACACGACGGGAACCACAUCGACCCUAAAUACCACAGCGGGUGGUGACAACCCCAACUAUGAAAUAAUGCAACCCAGUGGUGGUACACCUUUAAUAGAGAAUGAGACUGGAUCCACAUAUGUAAUGAUGAACGAACCAUCGGCACAAAAGAAAAUUGCUGAUGCGGGAGGUGGAGGUGGAGUUGGGGGUGGCGGAAUGGGUGUAAUGGAUAUCGGUGAUGUGGCCAACUAUCAAAUAAUGUCACCCCUCAUACCAGGCAAUACAAAUUCAAGUUCAGUAUUACCAAGAUCCGGAUCAACGGCUGCCCAGCUACAACGUCCGAUACUUGGCGAACGCCUCAACACACUGGCCAAUUUAUCGGCGGCGAAUACAAAUAAUACGACGGCAGUGUCAUCCGCGAACUAUGACCGACAUCACCAUGAUGAUAAUAAUGUAAAUAAUGACUAUACUGCUGCUGCACCCAUAGCGACAACGACAACCGCAACGGCGGAUAUACCCAUGGAUGAUUUAUCACUGGUGAGACGUAGUAGUAGUAAUAGUAGCAGUAGUAAUAAUGACAGGACAACGAAAACCGAUCGAAGUCGUAGCCAAAGUAGUAGUAGUGGCAAAAGUGCAACGAACACUGCCUCCCUAUCAAUAACUCCUACACCAACAUCACAACAACAACAGCCGACGACAAAGACAUUAAUUGAUACAACAACAAUUCCGCCAUUGUCAUCAACAUUUUCUCGCAAAGAACAAUGGUUUAAAGAACAACAACCAACGACCACAACAGCAACAACAACACCAACUUCACAACCCCCACCAAAUGGUUUUGUGGGUCGUGAAUCAUAAACAACGAACACACACAAACAAACACGAUGUUGACUAUACAAACAAAAACGAGACUAAGACUCGCGAAUAAUUUAAGGCCGGAUUUUGUAGUGAAUUCUAUUUUUGGGUGAGAGCAGGCUAGAUUGGCCCUGGAAAAUGUCUUUUCAGAAGGAUACUUUAAAUUCCCUGGCAAAAUAAGCACAAUUGGUGUGAAGCAAUUUGAAUAAACGAGUAAGAAAAUUUGUCCGUAUAAUCUAAAGAAGUGUGAGGUUAGGUUGCAGAAAUGAGCGAACCCUAUUUCCUCGAACAGAGUAGAAUUUGGAUGGCAUCUUAAAUGUUGAGAGCGAGGAAUUUUGGCAAGUUUAGGUGAAUUUGAGAUGAAACAGUAAAAAAACGACAACUCAUGAGACAAUGUGAGGUUAGGUUUUCUGAGUUUCAAACGGAAGUCUAAAAUAUUUCCACGAAGGGUAAGAAUGGCGUGAAAUGUGUUAGAAAUUGAUUGAGGAAAUAUGAACAAAUAAUCCCAUAUAUAGGCGAGAUUUCAGAAGAAUACAAAUCGUGAGGUUAUGAAGAAGAAACAAGCAAUGUUUGCACCAUGAGAUACCCAAGAAGUUUCAAAAUAUUUCCUAGUUAAAUAUUUACAAUUUGAGUGAAAAAAAAAAAAUAUUUUCAUAUAACCUAAAAAAUGUGAGGUUAUGUCAACCUGUUUCAAAGAAGGCUAAAAAUGGCGUAAGAUAAUGAAAUUUUUCAGAGUGGCAAAAAAUGACGUAAAAUGUUUUAGGUUUUAUAUUUUUGCUUGAGAAAAUAUAAACACACAAUCCAAAAUAUAGGUGAAAUUUCGAAAAUUUUCUAUUUUGAGGUUAUGUUAUACAUGAGGUUAUAAAAAACAAAAUUAUGAUUUGUUCUGGAAGAUAUUCAGAAAAAAAUAUUAAUUUAAAUUUCAAAAUAUUUCCCAGGAAGUAUUCACAACUGGGACGGAACAUUUGACAAAAUGUGUGUCCACAUCAGCUAAAAAAAGUGAGGUUAUGUCAACCCGUUUCAAAAGUAAGACAAUGACAUUUUUCAGAAAGGCCAAAAAUGUGUCGUGAAAUGUUUUAGGUUUUAUGUUUUUACUUAAGGAAAUAUAAACACAUAAACCACAUAGUAGGUGAAAUUUCGAAAAGUUUCUAUUUUAAGGUUAUGUUGUGCUUAAGGUUAUAAAAUACAAAAUUAUGAUUUGUACUGGAAGAUAUCCAGAAAAAUAUUAGUUCCAAUUUGAAAACAUUUCCCAGGCAGAGUCCACAAUUUGGACGGGAUAUUUGACAAAAUGUGUGUCCACUUAACUUAAAAUAAUGUGAGGUUAUGUCAACCCGUUUCAAAAGUAAGACAAUGACAUUUUUCAGAAAGGCUAAAAACACACAAUCCAAAAUAUAGGUGGAAUUUCGAAAAUGUUCUAUUUUGAGGUUAUGUUAUAUUUGAGGUUAUAGAAAGCAGAAUUAUGAUUUAUACUGGAAGAUAUCCAGAAAAAUAUUAGUUCCAAUUUGAAAACAUUUCCCAGGCAGGGUCCAAGAUUUUGACGGAACAUUUGACAAAAUGUGUGUCCAAAUAGACUUAAAAAAAUGUGAGGUUAUGUCAACCCGUUUCAAAUGUAAGACAAUGAUAUUUUCAGAAAAUGUAUCCAUACAACCUUAAAAAAUUUGAGGUAAAGUCAAUUCGUUUUGAACUUCAAAAAUAAAACGGAAACAUUUCCAAAACGUUUGUAAUUACAGUGAAUUGUUUGAAAAAUUGGGUGGGGAAUAUGACCAUACCAAAUAAAUGCGAAUUUAGGAAAAAGGGUUUACGGAUUUUUUUAAAAGAAUACUGAAAGUGAGGUUAUGAAAAACAUGAUUUUUAUUGGUACUGGGGAAAGCUCAAAAAAUAAUAUAAAUUUCAAAAUAUUGCCCAAGAAACACCCACAAUUGGUGGACAUUUAAAACAAAAUGUUGUGAGAAAAUCUCUCCGAAUAACAUAAAAAAGUUCGACUAUUCGCCGAAAGUGAGGUUAUGAAAACAGAAUUUUUUUUUAUAGAUAGUGGGAGAUACUCUAAAAAUAUUUUAAAUUUCAAAAUAUCGCCUAGGAAAUAUCCACAAACAUUAAAAAAACUGUAAGAAAAUCUCUCGAAUACUCUUAAAAAAGUUUGGUUAGAUCAACUCGUUUUUUUUUUUGGUUUUAAAAUUAAUUUAAUAAUAUUUCCAAAAAAGAGUGUUAUUAGGGUGAUUUGUUUCCAAAUAUCGUAUGUCUACAUAACCCCAAAUAAAUGUUUUUCUAUACAAAUGUUUUUUUUUUUUUGAAUCUAAAUAACGUCAAUGUCGUCAUUCAUAACCUCACUUUUAAUAAUUAUAUCUUUUACGGGUUUUCAAUGGACAUACAUAAUGACAAUGUUCAAGGGAAUAGUUUACUCUGUAUUUUUUUUAAGAAAAAAAUUUAUUAGGACAUGGAAUGUAAUCGGCUCUAACCUCACUUUUUGAAGUUAAAUUGUUUUUAUUUAAAUAACCUCAAUGUUGUUGUUCAUAACCUCACUUUUGAAGGUCAUACGAAGUUUUCCAGUUUUCAAUGGCCAUAUCUAAGGAUAAUGUUUAAUAAAAAUAGUUCACCUCUUAAAUCUUUUUACAAGAAGGAACCUCAUUGAGACAUAUUUUUUCUAGAUAAUGAAAUGUAUACGGUUCUAAUCUUUUAACUUUUUGAAGAUAUAUUGUUUUUAUUUAAAUAACCUCCAUCUUUGCUUACAUAAUCUCACUUUUAAAGGUCAUACUUUUUACGAAGUUUUUGAGAUUUCAAUGGCCAUAUAUAGGGACAAUUUUUUAAUAAAAAUAGUUUAGAUCAAAAAGUAACCUCAUUGGGACACAUUUUUGCAAGAGAAUGAAAUUUUAAGAUUAAAAAUUAAAAAAUUAAACACAAAACGUAAAUUUAGAGUAAAAUGUUUCUAUUUUAAAAAAAUUUCUAAAUUUUAUAAAUCCCAAAAAAAAACUUUUGUGGGUCAUGUUUUCUCAAAAAGAGACAUCAGUCCUAACCCCUCACAUUUGUAUAAAAAGGAUAUGUGGCAAAAGAUUGACUGUUCUUCACUCCAAAAAUGGGUAUAUAUUUAGAGUAUUCUAAAAAAAAAUCUAAAAUCCUCUUAGAAAAUAUACCCCAAAUAGACCUUUAAUUCUUCAAUAUUUUUUAAGGGUCAACAUUUUCCUAUCAAUUUUAAAAUCAAACCCAAAUGCAACAAUAACAAAAACAUAAACAAUUCAAUGGCCACCUAUAAGGACAAUGUUUAAUAAAAAUAAAAAGGAACCUCAAAUGGGACACAUUUUUGCAUUCGUCUCUAACUUCAAAUUUUCAGAUUAAGAAAUAAAAAAAAACAAAUCGUAAAUUUAGAAUAAAAUCUUUCUAUUUUAAAAAAUAUAUAAAUUUUAUAAUUGCCUAACAAAAAAAAAACACCUAUUUUGGGUCAUGUUUUCUCAAAAAGCGAUAUCAGUCCUAACCUCACAUUUGUAUAAGGAACGUAUAUGGCAAAAAGUUGACUGUUCUUCACUCCAAAAAAGUUCUAAAAUCUCCUGAGAAAAUAUACCAAAAUAUACCUUUAAUUCUUCGAUGUUUUGCUGGGGUCAAACAUUCGUUUCUUACCCCUUUUAAAAUCAAUCCCAAAUGCAACAACAAAAAUGUAAACAAUUUUACAAAAUCCGGCCAAGAAUAAACCAAAUAUGUAUUUAUACAAAAAACAUAAACUCAAAAUCCCCCCCCCCCACACACACACACACACACA